CUGCAGCGGGAGGAAAUGUUUCGGAAGUGGACAAGCAGGCCGGAGAAGGAAUCGAUGGAAAAGGGCGGAGGAGAGGCAGCUACCGGGGCAUUGAGGAAAUGAUAAACCACCGUGACUUUUAGCGGAAGCACCAUCUAGACAAAAAUAAAGUCAGUAUUGCAGGCUUGACAGGCCAUUUGAAUCUCUCCGGUGAACGUCAUAUGGCCAUAAGACCGUGUCGUCCUGAUGUAUCCUGGACAGGCUUCAGCUGUACUGCAGUAUUGGGUGAUCAUCUGCCCGGAGUGGAAACAAGCAAGAUCAAUCGGUGCCCGUUUGCUCAGCUUCUACAAGAGAACAGCAGCUCCUGUCCUUCAGAAGAGUCCCUCUGACGUCACAGGCUUGGCGGCGAAUUGGAGUUACAGGGGACAUGCAUCAGGGGUGAGGGGGCUUCGCUGCGGGGGACACACACAGCGUCGGGUGAGGAGGGGUGAGGAGAUGAAGCUCAAACAGCGUGUGGUGGUGCUGUGUGCCGUGCUCCUCCUGCUGGGCCUGGCCAAGAUCUUCCUGCUGGAUGGAGGCGAGGGAUCUGUGGCCAGCCGACGAGACCUGAGAGCGUUUCGCAAGAUGGAAGCUGGCCUCACGCUGUCUCGGGCGGCCCGCCUCACCCACACCCUCCAGUCUCCUUGGGAGAUAGCGAGCCAGUGGGUGGGCCCCAGAGAGGUUUACCCCGAGGAGACCCCGGAGCUGGCUGCUGUGCUCAUGGCCCUCAGCAGUGCCAGGGUAGAGAGAGCAGACGUGGGCUAUAAGGGCACGCAGCUCAAAGCCCUGCUGGUGCUGGACGGGGGGCAGAAAGUGGUCUUCAAGCCCAAGAGAUAUACCAGAGACUACGUGGUGGAAGGCGAGCCAUACGCAGGGUAUGACCGACACAACGCAGAGGUGGCUGCUUUUCACUUGGACAGGAUCCUGGGCUUCAGGAGAGCUCCUCUAGUGGUUGGGAGAUACAUCAACUUGCGAACAGAGAUUAAGCCGGUCGCCACGGACCAGCUGCUGAGCACCUUCCUCAUGCAGGGUAAUAACACAUGUUUCUAUGGAAAGUGUUACUACUGUCGGGAGAGCGAGCCAGCGUGUGCAGAGGGGGAGAUCAUGGAGGGGUCUUUAACCCUUUGGCUGCCGGACGUCUGGCCGCUGCAGAAACACAGACACCCCUGGGGACGCACGUACCGAGAGGGGAAACUGGCCAGGUACGACUUUGGGAACCCAGCUUUGGAUGAGCGAAGCAUCCUUGCUCCGCUCUAUCAGUGCUGCAUGGUCCGUGUUUCGACGUGGAACAGGCUGAACCUGCUGAGGAGUGGAGCUCUGAGCUCAGCGAUGCGCCAGGCGCUGGCCUUCGACCCCAUCGCGCCCAUCCUGGCUGAGCCCCACCUCGCCGCCCUGGACAGGCGUCUGUCGGGCAUCAUAGCAACGGUCAAGCAGUGUAUGGAGACGCAGGGCCCCGACAACACUCUGAUAGAGGACCAGAUUAUCCUCACACACCCCUAGACACAAGGGACAGGAGAGCACAGCGGGACAGGAGCAGCCAGGAGCCUCAGAGUGAAGGUGGCUUCAGAGGCAGAGAGUGAAGGAUCCUCAGGGCACAACAGAGCCUCUUUUCCCUGGUCCUGUCCAUGUUUUUCACUUUGAUUCGACUGGAGAGGCUCUCUAAAAGGAAUCACUGGACUCAAAGUGGUGUCACCUUAGCUAUAGAAACUUUUUCUCAGGACUGUUGAACACCACAGGAGGGUAUCCGCUGUGAGAACGCCUUCCUCUGCUAUUCCUGCCUCGUGCCAAAUUCUGCCUCCAAGUCCAGCUUCUUUUGCAGGAGUGAACUAAGGAGGGAGCCUGAAACUCAGAGAGAUGGAGACACUAAAAGGAGCAGGAUGGAAUCUGAAAAUGAGCCACCAAAGUCUCGAUGAAACAAACUGUUCAGGCGUGUUGCAGACUAUUAGAAGUUUACAGUCCAAGAAACUGAAAAUGAACUUCCUGUUGAAUUAACAGGAAAUGUUAGAACUGAAAAUGUUUUUAUUGUUUUUUUUUCCCUCAUUGAAACUUUGAUUGGAAGGAACAGAGGAUUCAACCUUCCCCCAUCAUUGUGUACAUAUUUAACUAAGUAGUGACAUAGAAUUAUGAGACAAUACAUUUGGGAAUUAUAAUAUUAAAUGACGGUUGGUGGGGGUGUGUGUGAGUUUGCGAGCGUGUAUGUGUGUAUGGAAGAGCGCCAUAUUGUGCCGUAAAUUAAAAAAAAGCUACUGAUAUGACAGACUUGAAGAGAGGGGACAUGGAGGGCUGGGUGUGGGUUCAUCUUCAACAUUAAACUAUGAUCUAUUUAUUAUUGGUUCUCUCU